UGUCAAUCUCUACAAUCCUCCCUCGAUCUGACUAUUCUCGGUGAUGCGGCUACAAAAAAAGCGCCUGGAAAAGCCCAUGGAGAUGCCAGGAAGAUAUUAGUGCUGCUGGCACUCAUCCGAUCAUCUGUCACCCUCCGUUCUCCAACCUCCACCUCAGAAUGCAGUGCUACUCCGAGCUCAUCCCUCCUUCUGGCGUCACCCACGCCCUCUCCCUCCCAUUCACUUCACCCAAUGCCGACAACCUGAUCAUCGCACGGACAUCCUUGCUUCAAGUCUUCCAAUGCGAGCCCGUCAAUGCCGGUCAGGAAACGAGACUUGUCUUGAUCGCCGAAUACAACUUGGCAGGGACAGUCACCUCGUUAGGCAAAGUCCAGAUUGCCGACUCGAAAAGUGGAGGGGACGUCGUCCUCAUUGCUCUUCGUGAUGCGAAGCUGAGCCUUGUCGAAUGGGACCCCGAGUUGCAUAGCAUAUCUACUCUGUCAAUACAUUUCUACGAGCAUCAUGAUCUCCAGUCUGCUCCGUGGCAACCUGAUCUCGCUGAAUGUGUCAGUCAUCUGACGAUUGACCCAUCAAGUAGAUGUGCCGCCUUCAAUUUCGGCGUCAGUAAUCUUGCCAUUAUCCCUUUCCACCAAGCCGGAGACGAUCUGGCUAUGGACGACUUGGAUGACCUCGAUGGGGAAGACAGGGAAAAGUCUGUACAGACAGAACAAGCUGAUGGGCAUGUUCAUGGGCCCACAGCGCCUUACAGCCCAUCAUUUGUUCUGCCUAUGACCGUUCUUGAUCCUGGCUUGCUGCACCCUGUGGACAUUGCUUUCCUCCAUGAGUAUCGCGACCCUACCAUUGGUAUACUUUACUCUACCGCUGCCCGCUCCUCCAAUAUGAGUCCAGAACGGCGGGAUGUCACAAUCUAUGCGGUCUAUGCCUUGGACCUUGACCAAAAGGCAUCAACCACUUUGCAAUCUGUUCAGAAGCUUCCCAAUGACCUCUAUCGGAUCAUUGCUCUUCCUUUACCAGUCAGCGGCGCUUUACUGGUUGGUGGCAACGAGUUGAUCCAUAUCGACCAAGGAGGCAAAUCCAGCGCUAUGGCCGUGAAUGAGCUGGCGAGAGAGGCAUCUGCCUUUCCCAUGGCUGACCACUCCGAGGCCCGUCUGAAGUUGGAAGGCUGUCAGGUCGAGCACUUGGGAAAUGCAAAUGGUGACAUGCUGAUCAUUUUGAGGUCUGGAGAACUUGCUCUCUUGACGUUCCGAAUGGACGGUCGUUCGGUCUCUGGGAUGACGCUUCGUCGACUCGGCGACGCACAAAUGCAAAGUCUGUUCAUGGGAGCAGCGUCUUGCACGACCAAUCUCGGAAUGAAUCGGCUCUUCAUUGGGAGCGAGGAGGCCGAUUCAGUCUUACUUGCGACGGAGAAGAAGGUCCCUCAAUUGAAGCGAAUACGCUCCCGAGCGCAGAUACAGGCCAAUGAAGUUGAGCCCCAGGACGAUGACGAUGAAGAAGAUGGUUAUGAUGACGAUGAUGACCUCUACGCCGAAAUCAUUGACGGACACAAUGGCCAUUCCUCGAGCGAGCUAAGCGGCCAGAGCUUUCGAGCGGUCGAUCGGCUUGCAUGUUUAGCACCAAUCAACGACAUUGCCUUGGGGAAUCUGGGCAAGCGAAAACGCGAUGAUGCCGAUGAACCAGACCGACCUGAUUCAGCAGAGCGGGAACUUGUCUGUGCAUAUGGUCGAGGCAAUGCCGGUGGGAUCGCCUUUAUCCGUCGACAGCUGGAGCCAAAGGUAACGCAACGAAUAAAGUACGACGAUGCCAUUGGACUCUGGUGUUUCAAUUCUGGUAGAAAGAAUCAGAAUGAGACUGACAAGCAUGUGGACUCUGGAUUCGACAACCUCAUUCUGGUCUCGCAAGUGACUCUGGACGGCGCCGGGAAGUCUUCGUUGUUUUCACUGGCAGACGAAAAUCUGGUCCCGAUCGCAGAUACGGACUUUGAUGAGUCUGCUGGCUCUACCAUAUCUGUCUUCAAGCUGGAAAUGACUAAUCACACAAUCCAAGUACUUCCUACAGAAGUCCGUGUGUAUGAUGCCAAUUUCGGACUCUCCCAGAUAUUUCCUGUCGUGGAUGAAGAAGAGGGCCAGACAGCCAGAGCGGUGAAGGCCACUUUCGCCGAGCCGUAUCUCAUCCUUGUCAGAGAUGAUGGAAACAUGACCUUACUCAAAGCCGAUAGAGCCGGCGAACUGGAUGAGGUUGAGCUUUCCACCACUCUCAAGAACAAUUCUGUCCUGUCAGCCUCGCUCUAUCAUGAUACUAGCGAUUUCUUCCAGACAUCGAGAUUUUAUGAGAGUGCUGGAGCGUCACGAGGGCCGGUUCUGGCGCUGUUGACAUCUGAAGGGCACUUUUGCCUACUGUCACUGCCAAACACCGCCCUUGAGGUGUUUCAAUGUGAUAGCCUGCCGUUCCUUCCCACUUAUCUAAUGCAAGGCCUACAAUUGCCGAAGCAUUGGAGGAACAAGGACGAUUUGGCCGAAACCCUCCUCGUCGACCUGGGAGACGCAACUGAAAGUCGACCAUACUUGAUCGCUCGCAACACGACGGGAGAUGUCAUUCUUUAUGAGCCCUUCGCAGAUCCGACGGUGGUGGGAAGCUUCAAGUUCAAGAAAGUCUCGACCAAGCCAGCCGAAGCGCCUGAAGAUCAAAUUGAGGAAGAAGGGGAAGAAACCUCACUGCGGCCGAUGCAAGUCAUCAAGAAUCUCGCUGGCCACGCUUCAGUGUUCAUCCCUGGCUUGCGCCCGAUGCUUAUUCUACGCAACGCUUCCACAAUGCCUCACAUUUACGAGCUGGGGUUGCAAAAUAUCAGGUCAAUGAGUGCGAUCCACGUUGAAAGCUGCCGCAAUGGCUUCGUGUUCAUCGACGAGUCCGAUCAUCUCUGCUUCUCUCAGCUUCCUUCAUCACUCAUGCUGGGGCAAUCAGACUGGAUCAUCAAGCGCAUCCCGUUGGGACAAGAUGUCGCCUCUCUUACCUACUUUGGACCUACAGAUUCCUAUGUCCUUGCCACAAACCACACGGUGGACUUCCAGCUUCCCCAAGACGAUGAAUGGCAUCCGGAAUGGCAAAAUGAAGCCACGACCUUCUUCCCCACCACGCUGCAAUCUACGCUGAAGCUCCUGAGCUCGAAAACUCAUCGGAUCAUCAGCCAGUAUCAUUUUGACCAUUCUGAAAGGAUUCUGGCUGUGAAAACGCUCAAUCUCGAAGUUUCCGAGGAAACGCACGAACGCAAGGAUCUGAUCGUCGUGGGCACGGCUCUGGUGAAGGGAGAGAAUGUCACCACGCGAGGGAACUUGUAUAUCUUCGACGUGGUGGACGUCGUUCCCGAGCCAGAUGUGCCUGAAACCGAUCUCAAGCUCAAGCUCAUCACAAGAGAAGAUGUGCGUGGUGCCGUCUCGGCAAUCUCGGGGGUGGGAUCACAAGGGUUCCUCCUGGCCGCGCAGGGCCAGAAAUGCAUGGUCCGAGGACUGAAGGAGGACAUGUCCAUUCUGCCGGUCGCGUUCUUGGACAUGCGGUAUUACGUGCACGUGGCGAAGGAACUUCCAGGGACGGGUCUGUGCAUUUUGGGAGACGGCUUUUCGGGAUUGUGGUUGGUAGGGUACUCGGAAGAACCGUACAAGUUGCAGAUCCUGGGCCGCGACUUCGAAAACCCGGCUGUGCUCGCCGCCGAGUUCUUGCCGGACGGGAAACAGCUAUAUAUCGUCUCCUCGGACGAGGACGGCACGUUGAGGGUGUUGCAGUAUGACCCGGAAAACCCAAAGACAGAGCGAGGGACCAAGCUGCUGUUGAGAAGCACGUUUCACAGCGGAGCGGUCCCGACGACCAUGACAUUGAUAGCGUCGUCGGCGCCAAACAAUUCUCGUGGCAGCAAUGACGAGAUGGACCUCGAGGACAGCAACAACGACAGCAACAACAACAGCAACCAGCCGCAGCCAGCUCAGAUCCUCAUCACCACGCAAUCCGGGUCGAUCGCUCUCCUCACCCCUCUCCGUGAGAGCACGUACCGCCGCCUCUCGACCUUGCAGAACACCCUGGUCGCCACCCUCGACCACCAGCCUGCGAGCCUCAACCCACGGGCAUAUCGCCAGGUGGAGACCGACGGCAUUGGUGGCCGCGGGGUCAUCGACGGCGACCUGGCGAGGAGGUGGUGGGAGACGAGCACCCAGCAGCGUGUCAACAGCGCCGACAAAGCGGGCGGGAGCAUCUGGGAACUCCGGGCUGAUCUGGCCAUGCUCACUGGUGCUAAUCUUGGGUUGUGACUGUAGAGAAGACGCGGAUUGGGUUCAGGGGUAGUAGGGAGGAAGGACGGCGGGCGGAGAGGUGUCGGAUGGUGUCCUCGGUGGAAUUUCAGCCUCGUACCCCCUAAGAUGGUGGCUGCUUGAGACGAACGAGCGAACGACAGACAUGGAGGCCAUGGGAAAGUAGGAUUUAGCUCCAUUGGGCAUACCGAAAGACAUUGCUUUA